AAUAUAUAUAUUUACUUUUAUUUCCAUAAAUAAAUAAAUCCAAUAAAUCGUUACUUAAAUCAUUUACUUAAUAAUAUGUUAAAGAAGAUAGCACAUGUAUCAGAAAGAAUUGUGAAAUAUAUCAUAAAUAUAUUGUAUUUACAUAAUAUUUCAGUGCAUAAGAGAAAUAGUUAACACUUUGAGCGAUAUAUUAUUUCUAUAUAUUUUUUCUAUACUAUUCUUAAUUUCUACUCUAAUUUUUUUAUGUUACUUAUCAAAUUCUUAUUUUCUGAUUUUUAUCUUUGUUUGUUAGAAACAGCAAGAUUUGAGAAUAGCAAUGGAAGACUCAUUUAAUUUUUCAAAAUUAACUAACUUUUUACAUCAGACCUUGGUAUUUACAGAAGAAGCAAAGAAUGUAUUAAAAUCAAAUUGUGAUGAAGCUAUGUAUUGUUUAAAACCAUUGUAUACAGAAAUUUAUCCUCAACAGGAAGAUAAUAAAGUUGUUUGUACGUGUGUCAAAACCAAAACCGAAGUUGAAGAAAUUGCUGCAGAUAUUAGUAGAGCAUUAAUACAAACACAGCAAUUACGAGAAACAUUAUCUUCCAAUGUAACUGAAAGAAGUUCAAAAUGCUACAUUAUGUAUGAAUGUUCUCAAGCAACUGGAAGUAAAACACAGAAACAUGUAAAAAAUUUAAAUAUAAACUGUAAAAAUAUAUAUUUGGAACAAAACCUUCAUGGUAAAAAACCAAAUAUUCAGAAGAAAAAUAUUGAUAAAGGACAAAAUAAGAUAGCACAGAGAGAUCAACUUAAAAAAGCAAAGAAUAAUAACGAACAAUUAGUAACACAACCAAAAUUAUCAGGAAGCAAGAACUUUCUUGCAAUAAAUAAAAGGAAUAUUAAAAAUAUAAAAGAAGUUAAAGACAAAUUGAGAAAUAAUGUUAAAUCUAAUACCUCCAUAACAAAGUCAAAAUGUAUUAAAUUUGAUGAAAGAAAUUCUGCGGCAUCAACAAGUGAAUUAAAAAAUUUAAUACAAAAAAUGACAAUUAAAUCUGAUGACUGUACACUUUCUAAUAAAUGUCCAUUACAUGAAAAUAAAAUUUCACAAUAUACCUGUGAGCAGAAUUUAACAAUUAAGACUUUCGUAGAUUGUUUAAAUACAACAGAUAUUCCAGAAGAAAUAAUUAAAUCACUAAAAGUUUAUCAUAAAUAUUUGAAUAUUGAAUAUACAGAAAAAUCAUUCAAUGAAAAACAAGAAAAAGAAUUACAUACGUUUUUGGUAGAAUUUAAUAAAAUGGUA